AUGAUUUGUAGACGUCUCAGGUCGCACAGUCUUUCAGGAAGGGCCGCCUUCCAAGGAUUUAUGUACAGUGUUUGGGCUCGCCUCAGCAGGAGAACUGGCAAGGGCAAAGCUGCAAUUGGCGGCAAGCAUCAUGUCCGAAGAUACAGCCCAACACUACGUAGCGCGAGAGUUCUGAAUCUUUUGUCGGCGCAUGAUGCCAUGAUCAUCACCCCACCAUGGCUGGAUGCAAAGCGCCGAGUGACCCCUCGAGAGAGGGCUCCAGCAAAGCUGCAGGAGGGUGUGCAGUUGCCAGUGGGCGUGGAGCAGGAACUUCGCGAAAGCAUCGAGCGGAAGAAAAUGACCGCUCGCUGGGCCGCAAAAGAUCUCAGGCUUUGUCACGCUGACACAAAAGGUGCAAAAACCGCAGCAAGAGUUAACGCCGAAGCAGUGGCCCUCCGCCCUUCCUCAGCAGUCCUUACUCAACCAGAAAGCUUGGCAACGCCUCAAAGGAGCUGAGCUUCAUCAGGUUGCCAAGCUGAAGGUAUCCAGAGACUGCCAGAGAGGAGUGCAAUGCCACCACGGGGUUCCCUGCCUCUAGCUCAACUGUCUCAUCGCUUGGAGCUUUGCCUGGGACAUAAGGUCAUCAGCGAAAGUGCUGCUGAGCCGAUUGCCUUGCCAAUUUCUGCCCGCAGCAGGAAAAUAAGCAAGCCAACAUGAAUUUAACAAGCAAUUCAAGACAAGACGCUUGCGUUGCUCAAUCCCAAAAACUGA